AUGCUCAAAGCCUUCCAAAGAUUGUGGUCUGACAAUUUGAGCUACACUGACAACGAGCACUGGCAAGGCCCGGGCCGUGCAAGACACACAUCAUCAAAGAAAUUGCUGUUAGGCAUAGAGGGAACGCUCGCGGCCUCAUCGCUUCUUCUAGUCCUAGCUUGGUAUCUUUCAAAAGCACAUUCUGGGUUCGAGAUUGCAAUAAUCAGUCAGUAUGUUCUAACAUAUGCUCCUACAGCUUUCAUGCUGGUGGUAAUCGCGGCUUGGAGGCAAGUGGAUCUUGCCUGUAAAAUUGGAGCACCUUGGAUUGCCCUGGAACACGGACGAAGCCCUGCAGACAAGUCAGUCCUGCUCGAUUAUAUUUCGACCUUUCAAUUACUCGGGUUCUAUCAGUCUCUCAAAAAUGGUCAUCUAGCGGUGACACUUGGCAUAGUCGGCUUCCUGCUGCUCAAACUCGCGACAAUCGCAUCUACUGGCCUGCUUGUUCUCAGACCACGUGCGAGCAGCUAUGUACAAGACGUCGUCAUUUACGACACAUUCGAUGGCACACUCUACAAUGCUUCCGAUUUCACUCCCUUACAGGAUCAGAUGCCAGUAUAUACCGCAUAUGGAUUGGCAAUGGGUCAGCUUGAACCCCCUUUUGGUACCUCAUCGAGUGCAGCUUACACGACCUUCAGCUGUCCAGCAAGCAACACUUCCGAUGCGGUGUUUGAAGUUGAAGUGGAUGCCUUUCUUCCAGCCUUCACCUGUCAGCACGCUGAUAUCACCAUCGAGAUGGUGGUUACGAACACCACCGAUAUCAACCCGAAGCACCAAAUCCGUCUGCCAUACACUGAGUGCGAUAGCGAAAUUGGACCGAUCUAUGCUCUGAAUCCUACUCAAUAUGUCUGCCCAUCCCGCCAGCUUAGUGGCACUAUAUAUCCGUUCCAGUGCCAGGUCAAUGCAAGAACAGAAACUCACUAUCUGUUGACAAUGACUGAUAUUCGUUACCAACAAACUCUUAAUGGCACAGGAAAUAGAGAUUUAGGUGAUCCUAUCGUCGCUCUCGACUCUUCCACUACGGUGGCUCGAGCUACGAGCAUCAUGUGUCAGAUGUCAUAUACAACUGCGAGACUGAAUGUUUCUGGCAGCGUCGAUGCGUAUCCUAGCAGCAUAAAACCUGCUGGCAUACCCGUUCCUGUUACCAGUGGCCUGGAUGUUCUCACCGCCGAUAAUUUGACUCACAUGGUCAAUAUGGCAGCAUCAUCGGCCAGCGGGAUUUUCGGUAGCAAGGUUAAUGAUUACAGACUUGAGUAUCCGGAUGCAAUACUGAAGCUGCUAGCCUUGCGAACGUCUAACAACACUUACGAAGGCUUGCUAGAUCAGAAUACGUUCAUCGAGGCAACACAGGAAGUCUACAAACAGCUUGCUAUACAGGUUGUCAGCAGGCGUCUUCGACGAGGCAAACCGUCAAGCUCCCCAAGCUACGUCUUCGAAUCUAUGGAAACUUUGCAAAUAACCGAGACCUCAGCUUGGAUCAUGGCUGGAGCUUUCGUGGCUACCUGUUUAGCUGGUCUGGUUCUCCUUCGGCUUCGGGCAACCACUGUUCCAAACGUCCAGUCGCUAAUCAGACCUUGCCAAAUUGUGCGUGCAAGCAGCGAUCUGGCAGACGUGUUGCAGUUGACACAAGGACAGAACGAAGCCGAUGUGAAAAGGAUCUUGAACGAAUAUGAAUUCUCAACGCAAUACAACCCAAUUCAAGACUCCUUGUCUGUCACAACUUCAAACAAGCAAUCGUCUUCCCCUCCCAGUGUCGCGCGGUCCGGUGCCUCGCACUGGUGGAAGCAAAUAACAAUCUCUUAUUGGUUCUUUACUCUGACCUUUGUUUAUCCGACCCUCGUGAUGGCAUUGCUCGAAGGACUGCAACACAUUUCAGAGACGAAUGACGGCAUCGCAGCUAUUUCAACGUCGACUGGAUUCGUGCAGACCGCGAUCACCAACUUUGUUCCAGCCUUGGUUAUGAUCCUGCUGGCUACCAUGUUCAACUGCCUUGAAUUCAAUGUAGUCCUGCUGUAUCCAUAUCACAAGCUAACCACGGGCGUCUUUGCAUCACAGCUACAGCAUCAACCUCCGCUGCACCGACUAGCAAUUGUUUCAUUGUGGCAAGCUUUUCGCAAGCUCGACUUUGCUCCUUUGGGCUCUUCAGUAGCUGCCUUUAUAGGUGCUACCCUAACCAUAGCAGUUUCAGGCCUCUAUACCAUCGAAUCAAUCGCUCGACCUCGGUCGCUCGACGUGUCAGGAUUGGAUUCUAUCACCCCAAUCUGGAACAACAGCGUGGUCGAUGACGGUGGGGCUGCGAUCCUUCUCAGUCUUACCGAGAAUCUCAACCUGCCUUAUCCUCAAGGUACCUAUGAGGAACUCUACUUCCCAAGGCCUUGGUCACCAGCUUUGCAGAAUUCUCAUAGUAGAGGUUCCGUCGAAAAUCAGGUAGUGGAAUUGGAGCUGCCUGCAUAUCGAGGAAAUUUGGUGUGUGAAACUGCCGCAAUUGGAGAGUUUAACAUUAGUGUAGAAAAAAAUCGUAUUCAACAGAGCGCGACAAUAACCAGCAUCUUUCCCCUGCCCCCGAAUUGUCUUCGUGGAGGGUACGAAGGCAAUAGCUCGAACCUUAGUUUCUCUCACACGUUUCCAUUCGAACGCAAUGCGACAGAGGCGUAUGUCGCGAAACUCCUCGACAUCCACGUAGGUCCUUUCGACAGAAUUCGCGGCACCAGUGUUGGCGAACUCUCUGGCAACGGCAAUCCAGACAAUCCGCCUGGUUGUCCAUCUAUUGCCCUGAUCUAUGGCUAUCUUAGCCCAGCUGAUCUGUCUCAAACCAACCCCACUGGGGAAACGUUAGCAGUUCAGGUGUGCUAUCAAGAACUCCAUCAAGUUACGAUAAAUGCCACUCUCGAAGGCGUAUCAAUGAAAUUACCAGACAGGAAUCCUAAGAUUAUCGUGAACGAGACGUCUGCACAAACCCUGAAAGUGCCGCUUGGCGAGACUGAUAGAGAAGAAACGUCAGGUGACCAGAUAGCCUUCCAGUUUCGCAUCCAGUCACACAUAGAUGACUCUCUCUCUUUCUUCAACGACCCUGACAACAUCUUUAGUAGAGGCUCAAACGCCUUUAGUACAGUUGAUCGAUUUUUCCAAGGCAUCAUCUAUGGCCGCUCCAACGUUCCACUUGAGCGAUUGCAACUGCGAACACAGUCAGAUUUUGAUAUCGUGCAAAGGGGCAUACAAGGUAUGUACCGAAAAUACAUGGCUCAAGCGAUGUCUCGCAGGAUGAGCACUAGUGUGAACAAUCGCGAAGCGUCCGAAACAGGACAGAACCAGGCUCUGAAAUUUACUGGCUGGUUCAAGAGUGGCGACGGGGUUUCACAGCGUCGCUUGGUGCAACAUAACACUCCAAAACUCAUCUUACAAUGCCAGAUUGCGGUUAUGAUUAUUGGUGGGUUAGUAGCAGUGUCGACAAUGCAACUGAUGAACCUGCUACCCGCUCACGGUAAUCCUUGCACGAUUUGGGGCCAACUAGGCUUAUGGUCGAAGAGUAGCUGGUGCUCCGAAGCAAGUGCUAGAGCAGAAAUACAGUCGUUGGCACCAAAGUUUAAUGUAAAGCUACCAGCACAGAGUACAGUGUUUGAGGUCGAUGCUGAACAAGCAUCUGGCGAUCAAUUGUUUAGGCUCGGUUGGUGGACAAGAAAGAAAGCUGAUUCGACACUGGAACGUUGGUACGGAAUAGACGUGGUCCCACGAACAUAG